GUAUUCAUGACACCUGCACGUGGCUGCAGGCUAUAAAUACGAGGUAACAGGUUGUCAGUGUGUGAUUGCGGUCCACGGCGCCGGGCAGGGCACAUCCCCGCGGAGUAAGACACACGGAGAACCAGCGGCAACUCCACCGACCACAAUGAAGGCCCAACGCGUCACGGGAGCCAGCAGCUCAGGAACGCCCAAAGAACAGAUGCUCAGGACGUACCAGAGGGCUGUGUUCUCCGCGCUGUUCUUGGGUUAUGCCUGUUACACGUAUAACAGAAAGAGUGUGUCUUAUGCCCUGCCGACGCUCCUGACUUCGGGCCUCAUAACCACGGCCACUGUGGGUGCAAUCACGAGCUGUCAGAACACGGCCUAUGCGAUCAGCAAAUUCCUGGGCGGAGUUCUCUCGGACAGGAUCAGCGCGCGGCUCCUCUUCUCGAUGGGCCUGGCUCUGAGCGGGGCCAGCACGCUCCUCUUCUCGAGAACCGAAGACCCGAGACUCUGGGCGCUGCUGUGGUUCGCCAACGGGUUCGCUCAGGGCGCUGGGUGGCCUGCGUGCGCGAAGCUGCUGAAGAAAUGGUUCAGCCCGGCCAACUUCGGCACGUGGUGGAGCGUGCUGACGGCCAGCAGCAACGUGUCGGGAACCGCGUCGCCGCUGCUCGCCGCCUACGUCAUCGUGCCACCACGGGAGCGCCUCGCUUAUUCUGGCAGGUCCACCGUCCACUUCCUCCAAGCUAUACAUGUGAUCGCAUAUCCUUUAUCGGUUCCUAUUACUCCCUUCCUGUGGGUGGUUUCUGUCAGCUACAUGGUCGUGUUCUGCAGCAAGACAGCGCUGUCGGACUGGGGGCAGAUCUAUCUCAUCGAGGAACUUGGACGGUCCCAAAUGCAGGGUAAGUUCACGUGUCUGUUAUUCUAUGUGUGUGCGUACAGGCAUGCGUGUACAGGGCCCGUACCUCAGUGUCACUUACCAUCUUAUGCUGUAGUCACUAUUACUCCUCUCGCCGAGUCUCCUCUCAGUAUAGAGACCCGUGGAUUCCUUAUAUCGUUCUAUAAUACUUUAUGGUGUUUUGUGAUCACUGAGUGUAUACCGUCUGUAGUUAUCGCGUUAAUACUUUUCUGUCCCCCUCAGCUUCUCGUCUCCGCGGUGGGCGUGCUGCUCGGGGCCAGCAUGUUCGGGCCGAUUUCCAUCUACGGCAUCGUGGCGUCCGAAUCCUUCCCCGCACAUCUGUCUGGCACUGCGCAUGCCGUGGUGGCCCUCGCUGCCAAUGUCGGCGCUGUGGUCGCCGGUUGGCCGCUGAGUUGGGUCGCCAGAACUUUCUCGUGGAACGGGGUCUUCCUGCUUCUCGAGAUCCUGGCUGCGUCUUCUGUGCUCCUCAUCCUCCUCAGCAGAAGAAUACACAUCACACUCAAGGCCAAGGAGCAGUAGAUUAUAUGUGUAUAUGUUGUUUUUAUUUUUUAUUUAGCUUUUUUUAAUGUUUAGGUUAACCUGUUUUUUCUAAUUUUCUUUAUUCUUUGUUUCUUUUUCUAUUCCAUUCUUUUCUUUUUUAAUCAUUAUUUUCUUCUCAGUUCACUUCUUUAUAAUAAUUUCCUAUCUAAUCACGUUUUUAUCAUGUAUGUUAGUAACUUUUCAUGUAUUUACACACAGCAAAUUUCUUUAGGUUGAGAAAUAUGCAGGACUAUAUACUAUGCAUAUAAACUAGUACUUAAUUAUUUUCCAGUACUAUUCGUUGUAAAUCUCUUUGCAAUAAUAUGUAAAAAGUACGUGAAUCGCAUACUGAAGAAUCCAUCCAUAUCCUUUGUAGAUAAAUAAAUAAAAAUAUACAUUA